AUGUCAGAGUCACCCAUUCGCGCCGGUGCCGAUUCACAUCUGUGUCAAUUCCAAGGCUUCCUCAUUCAGAUGUUUGUUCCCGCCGAUGCCCUUUGGAAUCUGGCCAUGGCAAUUAAUGUUUACUUGACAUUGUUCAAGAAGUACAAUGCCCAGCAACUCAAAGCAUUGGAGUGGAAAUACCACUUGAUGGCCUAUGGAGCCCCAUUUGUCAUCGCCUUCAUUUUCAUCUUCGUUGAAAAUGAGGAAAGAGGCAAGAUCUAUGGCCCAGCAGUGCUAUGGUGUUGGCUAUCCCAUGACUGGGAUUUCUUGCGUAUCGCUGUGUGCUAUGGUCCAGCAUGGGUCUGCAUCAUCGCUUCUUUUGCAAUCUACAUCAUGGCCGGCCGCGAGAUCUUCAAGAAACGUCACCAACUAAGAGCAUUCGGCAAUCCCUCAGAUGACCACAAUUAUGCCUACAAAACCACAGAUUAUCAAGUGACUAGCGACUUUGAGAGCCUCCCCCUCAAAAACAUCUCCGAAGCCUUCAUUUCCCCUGCCGACCGCAAGAGCCGCAACCCUAGCGACCCGUCUCACAUCAGCUACCCAAAAUAUAAUGUCAAAAUCUCGGCUGCGCCUCGACCCUCGAUACUGCACCAUACCAGUAUCGAAUACAAGCAACAAAAGAAGAACAGGGCAGCUCUGGAAGCCAACAGAGCGGCUUUCGGUUACACGAAAGUGGCUUCUCUAUUCUUCGUCUCCCUGCUCGUCACCUGGGUGCCCUCCUCCAUCAACCGCGUCUACUCUCUCAUCUACCCCGAGUCCAUCUCCGUUCCCUACGCGUACGCAGCUGGCAUUGUACUUUCCCUUAUGGGCUUCUGGAACUCAGUCAUCUACGUCACAACCUCGCGCGCCGCUUGCAGGACACUCCUCUUAAAUCUCUUCCGAAAAUUCGGUGGAAGUCGCAGUGCUAGGUUGUCCAUCGAUGGCGACGGCCCAUUAAUGGGGACGGCGUAUGAGAGUCCACCACGAGAAGGAGCAGCAGCAGGGUGA